AUGUCGACCGACGUCGUGAGCGACGCAGCGCCUCUAGAUCCUGGGGCUCCCGCCUCCCAGUCCCAGCUCCAGGCCCAGGCACCGUCCCAGGCACCGGGACCCAGCUCAAGCUCCGACCCUCAACCAACUGCACGUCCUGCUCCGACGUCAGCCUCCAAUCAACAUGUCACCGACUCCCAAGUCCAGAUGAUGAUUGAAUGUGCAAAGCCGCCCGCGCCCGUAUUUUUGAACUCGCCACCCGAUAGCAACAAUGCGACCAAGUCUGACGUCGAUGCGAGCGACUCGGAGCUGAGUGACCUUGACGAGGAACCGACUCUCGACGAUGCACCUUCCGCACCCACGCCCGAACCCGCGCCCCAAGUUGCAUCUGCACAUUCCGGGGCUGGGGCCACGGCUACGGCCACGGCUGCGACGACUUCUACUUGUGUACCUGCACCUUCACCAACCAAAAGCCCCGAGGGGGCAAAACAACAAGACCAAGACGACGACGACGACGACAUUGGAGAAGUACUCCCUGAUGACUGGUCUGGGGCCGUCCCCAUCUUUCGCCCGACAUGGCACCAAUUCAAGGAUUUCCAGAAAUUUAUGAAAAAGGUUGACCGAUACGGUAUGAAGUCCGGCAUCAUCAAAAUCAUUCCCCCGAAGGAAUGGAAAGACGCCCAACCUCCAUUGGAUGAACUUGUCAAGCACAUCCGAGUUCGAGAACCCAUCAAGCAAGAUAUCAUGGGGUCCAAUGGCACCUAUCGGCAAGUCAACAUUCUCCACGGCCGGUCCUACAAUGUUCCACAGUGGCGCCAACUCUGCGAACAGAGCGAGCACCAGCCUCCCGCCAGACGUGGUGAACGCCGAGCCAAUGCCGAUAAACCCAAGCCAGCUCGGCCGAGACCUGCCGCCCCCAAAGAUUCCAAGCCAUCAACCUCAAAGAAGCGCGGCAGAGGCCGACCAGCCAAGAACAAGGCAAAAAAGAAGUCCAACGACGGGGAUGAACGUCCCAUGACUCCCAUCUCGCCCAAGCCAGAGCCUGAUGCUGAUCCUGAGGAAGGGGCAGACAAGCUUGUUGACUCUAUCGAGCAGGAACUCGGAGAAGAAGUCCAGCAAGACGGUGAACCUCUUGUUGGCAGAAUAGACAGUCGAAUGGGCGGCGCCAAACUCGCCAAGCCCAAGACACAGUCUGUGUCUGCCCGUCGCAAGUACAGCAGACGGGAGGGAUCAACCAUGAUUGACGAGGCGGCCUUCAAAGAUUUCGAUUAUCGUAUGGAUAUUUCGGACUUUACCCCAGAGCGAUGCGAAGAACUGGAACGAGCGUACUGGAAGACCCUUACCUACGCAGCACCGUUGUAUGGGGCCGACAUGAUGGGUACUCUUUUUGAUGACCGAACAGGCACUUGGAAUCUUAACAAACUUCCGAAUCUGUUGGAUGUCCUUGGCACAAAAAUCCCAGGAGUCAACACGGCAUAUUUGUAUCUGGGAAUGUGGAAAGCUACUUUUGCCUGGCAUCUCGAAGAUGUGGACUUAUACAGCAUCAACUACCUCCACUUUGGUGCGCCCAAGCAGUGGUAUAGUAUUUCUCAGGCUGACGCCCGUCGAUUUGAGGGUGCCAUGAAGAGUGUGUGGCCUGCGGAUGCCAAGGCGUGCAACCAGUUCUUACGACACAAGGGCUUCUUGAUUUCUCCCCAUCAUUUGCUGCAACAUUACGGAAUCAAGGUGAACAAGGUUGUAUCAUACCCCGGCGAAUUCGUGGUAACGUAUCCUUACGGCUACCAUUCGGGCUAUAAUCUUGGUUACAACUGUGCCGAGGCCGUCAAUUUUGCCUUGGAUUCUUGGCUAGAGAUGGGCAAAAUUGCCAAAAGAUGCGAAUGCGCACAAGCCCAAGACAGUGUCUGGAUCAAUGUGUACGAAAUCGAGCGGAAACUUCGCGGGGAGGAAACGGAAUAUGAGGAGACAGAGGAUGAUGAUGACGACGAUGAUGACGAAGAUCUAUCUGGCCUACCUACACCGCCAGCGAUCAACGGUGCUAUCAAGGAUGCGAUCAAGAAGAGAAAGCGAGGUGCAGGUGAAGACAAGGCCAGAGUCAAGAGGAUCAGAUUGCGACUCAAGGCUAAAAUGGAACCACCAUGUUGCCUCUGUCCCAACGACAUUCCUCACUUCGAUGUUCUCCCUACAGACGAGGGUCGCAAGGCUCACAAGUUAUGCGGCCUCUAUAUUCCCGAAACAUAUAUGGACUCUGUCGAUGGCAAGGAGGUCAUCUGCAAUGUUGGAAGCGUGCACAAGGACCGACUGAAUCUUAAGUGCUUGCUUUGCCGCUCGAGACGCGGCGCUUGCUUCCAGUGCUCUCACCAGAAGUGUGCAAGAGCCUAUCACGCCACGUGUGCAGCUGCGGCUGGCGUUUUUGUCGAAGAUCAAGACAUCCCCGUGUUCGCAGAAGAUGGUACAGAAUACAAGGAGCAGGCGUUCGAGUUCACCUGUCGGUUCCACCGAGUAAGGCGGGACAAGAAGACUGAUGGCAGCGCCCUGGAAAUGGACGUCAAUAUUCGAAGCGCAGCCAAGGAGCUCAAGACGGGUGAAAUCUGUCAGCUGCAGUACCUCAAGGGUGAAAUAUUUGCUGGUGUCAUUGUCGAAAACCGUCUGCAUGACGAAACCCUCCUAAUCGAUCUACUUCCUCAGGGGGGCCAGUUGGAAGUCGAAUGGAAGUGGCUCGUUCUGCCAGAUCCGGCUGAUUACCAUCUCCCAAAGGCAUCCGCAAAGGCUUUGCCCAUGCCUGCUUCUCGCAAGGCCAAGGAUAAACUCAACACCAAGAGACUCCACGCCGAUAAACCUAGGAAGGAUGACUUGUUUUGCGAAGGCUACAGAUGGGCGGAGUUUGAGUCCUGUGAAGUUUCAAACAAGGGACAAUCCAAAGUCGAUCUCACCAAGCCAGAUCAAAUUUGGCACUAUCUCGGCAAGACGUCGACAGAGGCGAGGGCACAGUAUACUGAAGAUCUUGCACGGCAACGACACAAUCCUAAGGGCAACUUUUUGGACACCAUACCCAAGCCACCCAGGCCUGCAGCCCCUAUUUCCAGACCCAUAUGCAACCACCAGUCAUACAUUGCCAAAGCUAUAGCCUACUCGUACAGCCUUGCGGGUGCUUGUGCUCCAGUGAACAGAGAGGUUUCGUUUGAGAGGCCCCGUAAACCUUGGACGCCUUCAGAGUCCAACCUCACGAAGCCCGCGACAUUUGCGAAUCAAGAUUCUGCUGCCACGAAUACGUCGUCAGUUGGCUCAGCACCGACAUUCCAUGCGUAUAAUCAUCAAACGGCAAACUUCCGACCGCAGUCUGCCGUUGUACACGGCACACCGCAGAACCAGAGUACGGCACAUGUGCAAAGCACGCAGCAUAUUGAGAUGCCCCAGGUGGCAGUAAACCCAUUACCCCAAAGCCGUCAGUCUGGAUACCAGCAGCCUCUCAACGCACCAUCUGGUCAACAGGGCAAGCCCCUGUGGCAAGUCCACUCGUCCGUGUAUCAAAAGUACCCCUUCUUCCGAGUGAAUUACAAUCGGUACGUGUAG